UUGAUCUCAACAUUCAUCCUUCCCUCUGCAGCAAUCCUUGUCACUAUUCGGAUGAAUAGGCGACGUUGAAAGGACACCCAGAUCAACCAGCAUUCCCUUAGAUCGUCGACCUGUUCAACCAAGUCACAACCCACUCCAUAUCUCCUUAUCAUCUAACCUAUAACCAUGUCCAAGGUCGCUCCCUACAUCAAUGGACAUCAGGAAUCCGUCCUGCGUGCGCACUCGUGGCGGACCGUACAGAAUUCCGCCGGCUAUCUAUUGAGCUCACUUAAGCCCGACAUGCACAUCCUCGACCUCGGCUGCGGACCUGGUACCAUCACGAUCGACUUUGCCACCCUCGUCCCACAGGGCUCGGUGAUCGGCCUCGAGAACGUGGAGGGCGUUCUCGAACAGGCACGUGCGAAUGCGUCUGCACAGGGCGUGCAGAACGUCAAGUUUGUCCUUGGAGAUGCGCUCAAAUUGGACUUCCCCGACGACACUUUCGACGUUGUUCAUGCUCAUCAGGUUUUGCAGCACGUCGGCGAUCCCGUGGGCAUGCUCCGCGAGAUGCGCCGUGUCACGAAGCCCGGCGGCAUCGUCGCGACACGGGAGAGUGACUUCGCAACCGUCACCUUCUUCCCCGAGUCCGAGACCAUGGAGAAGCACAGGGACCUGCAUUUACGCACGGCCCGCGCCUUGGGCGGCGAGCCACUUGCUGGGCGUAGGCUGGUCUCAUGGGCCAUGAAGGCGGGCUUCGAGCGCUCUGCCAUCACGGCUAGUGCGAGUGCCUGGUGCUACAGCACUCCCGAGGAACGCGCUUUGUGGAGCACGCUUUGGGCGGAUCGCGUCCUGAAGUCGUCCUUCGCCACCCAGGUGCUGGAGCUCGGCUUCGGAACCCAAGAGGAUUUGGAGGAGAUAGCGCAAGCGGUCCGCGAUUGGGGCGCUCACGAAGACGGGUGGAUUGGCGUCAUGCAUGGGGAAGUUCUUUGCCGCGUCUGAGCUCAGGCGGCUGCAUCAUGGACCACACGUGAGUGAAACUCAAACGGACAGCUUUUGAACAGGCUCCACGGAAAGAGAUGCGAGAGGUGAUCGGGUCAAGACGGGGGUGUGGAUUGACCCGGCGGAUGAGCAGUUCCCAAGAAAGCGGGGAUUAUGGGAUAUCUGGGCAGCAACGAACUCUCGUUCUGACGUUCGGCAGUUCAACACUGCAAACCACAUGGG